AAAUUGAGGACGAGCUCCGCGAUGCAGUUCAAGAUAUCGCUGGGCACUCCGUUCGACGACGUGAUCACUUCGUGUUGGUCGAGGAAAGAGAGGAGAAAAUGGUUCCUGCUGUUGCUGUGCGGCACAUGCCUGAUAUACGCCACGCGUACAUCCGUCUCCCUGUUGAUACCUGUCGUCAGCCAGGAGAAGAACUGGUCCAAGUCGGACUCGGGCAUAAUACUGUCGAGCUUCUUCUGGGGAUACACACUGACGCAAGUGGCCAGCGGCUACAUCAGCGAUAAGAUCGGCGGGCAGAAAGUACUAUGGAUAUCCGCCCUCGGUUGGUCGGUGACGACCUUCUUCAUGCCGGAAAUCAUAGAUUUCUUUUCCGGGGACGGGACGUCGGUCUUGCUCGUCGCAGCGGUGAGAAUGAUAAACGGGGCAUUCCAAGGAAUGCAUUUUCCUAGCAUAAUUAGCUUGAUCAGUCAACGUUUGCACGAGGCGGAUAGAGCCACCUUCUUUAGCUUGUUAACGUUAGGAUCUGCCGUGGGCACUCUACUCACUGGGUCUUUAGGCUCGUACCUCCUGGAGAAUUACGACUGGAUGAUUGUCUUUCGAACGUUAGGGGGUAUGAGUUUGGCAUGGACAGCUUAUUUAAGCUACCACACUCUGCUUUUUAAGGAAAAAACAGCUUUUACCAUGUCGGCCACCGGCUACACUUUACCUUGGUCCAAACUUCUCUCACAGCCUCCUUUCUGGUCCUGCGUUAUUGGACAUGCUUGCCAAAAUAACUGUUUCUUUGUGCUGCUCUCGUGGAUGCCUACCUAUUUCCAUGAUUCAUUUCCUGAAGUCAGGGGUUGGGUGGUAAAUAUGGUUCCAUGGCUGUCGAUGCUACCUUGUACAAUCUUGGGGAAAGCCCUGUCAGAGGAGAUAAUUAAAGCCGGCUAUUCCGUGACUGUGACACGCAAAACGGUCCAAACGAUUUGCUUUGUCAUCGAAAUUGGGAGUCUGAUAUUCGUGGCGAAAGUGGAAAGUUUUCAAACUGCAGUAUUUUGUCUGGCGUUGAUCAUCGGUGGCUCAGGUUUUCACAAUAACGCCAUCGCCGUAAAUCCCUCGGAUCUCGCACCAAAGCACUCCGGCAGCGUGUUCGGCCUGAUGAAUACCGUUGGCGCGAUAUCUGGUUUUCUCGGUGUAUACUUCUCCGGACAUAUCUUACAUGUGACACACAGCUGGCCUGCUGUCUUCUUAUUCAUAGCUGUUAUCGAUGCGUUAGGAUGCAUAAUGUAUCUAUUGUUUGGCUCGGGCGAGGCGAUUAUAUAAAUUAUAUAAAAUAAAAAAUAAAUUUCUAUUAAAUA